ACCUCAGUGCGCAAGCGCCAUCUGUCCGCGCAGACUCCUCCCUCAGGGGCGGGGAAAAGCGGGGCCCAAAAUGGCGGCCAGUCGCUACCGGCGUUUCCUUAAGCUCUGUGAGGAAUGGCCAGUGGACGAGACCAAACGGGGCCGGGACUUGGGCGCUUACCUGCGGCAGCGGGUAGCACAGGCCUUUCGGGAGGGAGAGAACACCCAGUGCUGUGCACUGACCAAGCUGAUCCCAAAGGACCUCUGUGGGGCCCCGCUAAGCCCUUCUGUGCUUCCGGAGCCCGUGUACGCCGGUGCAGCAGGUUUGGGUUCUCCACGUCCGCCCCUGUGUGUGAGUAGGAGACCUGCAUUCUCGCUUGCCUCCAGGUUGGUGCUGCAGCAGCCCUGGGAUUCCUGCAUUCAUGUUGUACCUAUUUAUUGACCAUCCACCACAGACCAGGACCUGCGCUAGGUGCUGGGGAGACAGCGUGGAAUUAGACAGAUGAGGUCCUGCCCACAGGAAGUUUGAGUUUACAUUCUAGUUCAGGACAUGGUAAGCAAGUAGACACGCAUAAGACAGUUCAAAUAAGGACCAUGAUGGUUAUAAAACAGAGUAGCAUAACAAAAGGGUAAUGCUAGUUAUGAUAGUCAGAUAAGGCCUUACUGAGGAGUAACAUAGAUGAGACCUAAGGGAAGAAGAUGAGCCAACAAUGUAUACUUGGUUGGAAGGGCAUUCCAGGCGGUGCAAAGGUCCUGAGGCAGAACACAGAUUGGUAUGUUAGAGAUCAGAAAGGAAGCCAGAGUGACUGGAGGGCAGUGAGUGAGAUUGAGUUUGCCAAGAGCUGAGGUCAAGGGAGGCCAGGAGCCAGGCACAGUAGGGCCUUAGAGGCUCUGGUUAGGAGUUGGAUUUUAGCAUAAGGCCAGGGAGAAGCCGUUAGGGAGGUUUAGUCAGGCGACUGAUGUGACUCCACUUACUUUUUUUAAAAGAUCACUCCAGUUGUAUAUGGUGAAGGGGUUAUGGGGGCAAGAACAGAAACAAGAAGGCUGGAGAAAAGGCUACUCUGGUAGCCCAGGGAAGACAGGGUGGUGGCUUGGAUGAUGGUGGCAGCCCAGGAGAUGGAAGUGGCUGGAUUUGGGUUGCAGUGUGAAGGUUGUGUCAACAGGACUUGCUGAUAUGUUGAUGUGGAGUAAAGGGAAAGAGAGGAACCAAGGACACACCUAGAUUUUUCUGGCCUGAGCAACUGGGUGGAAGAUGGUGUCAUUUACUGAGAUGGGAAAGACUAAAAGAGGAACAGGUGGGCUGUGGGAAGAACAUCUUGAGUUUGGUAUUAGACACGUUAAACUUGAGAUGCCAGGUAGACUGACUUCCAAGUGGAAAUGUCAAGGAGGCAGUGGGAUAUUUGCCUGGGGCUCAGGCAAGAGGUCAGAGAUAUGAAAUGAGAUACAUGCACACACAGCCUGAAGAAAUGACUUGCAAAACUGGGCCAUGACCUGUCAAAGCAGGAACAUGUUUUCUUGCAACUGAGCCCAACACAGAACCAAGCCAGCCCACCUACUGGAGCAAGAACAUGCCCAGUGUUAUCACUGUAACUGGAUCGCUGAUUGGAUGGUGGGCAUGGAUGGAGUGUGUGGCCCAGGGCUUCUGUGGGGAGGCUGGGGGGUUGCACUACACUGGGAGCCCUCACACCUUUCACAGUGGUCUUCACUGACCCAAAGCAUA